UCCUCUUCGUCAUUGUCACCUACAUCAAUGGCAUCUUUUUUGACUCCGAUCACGAUUAUCUCCUGCGCUUCAUCUAACCACCGCAGCCACCGGAAGAAUCCAGCAAUCGCCGCAUCGGCCUCCGGCAAAUGGUGGACACCGAUCUUCGGCUGGUCGUCAGAUCCGGACUACAUUCACAAUCCAACAACUAUCACCGAUGGAUCCGUAACUGAAAGUUCAGAUCCAGAUAAAAGUUAUCAGUGUAGAUCUCGUUUUUCUCCGGGAUGCUUCACGGAGGAGAAGGCGAAGCAGAUGCGGAUGAAGACGGUGGAAACUGCUAACUUCCACGACAUCAUGUAUCAUUCUGCUAUCGCAUCUCGCCUCGCCUCGGAUGUUUCCGGCCAUUAUUCCGGGUGACACUCCGCCGUGCACUCGGUGAGUUCUUUUUAGCCGAUUCUUUUUCUAUUACGUCGGAUCAGGACUCCAUGUGCGCAUCUAGUCAUUUGUAGACCUCAAUACUCAGAUCAACGAUUGAGAAAUCAGUAGAUUUAGUUUCUAUUUUGUUUGCUUUUUAUUGAAUAACGGAAAUUUCUAGAUAGGAUGAAGAAAGUGUCACCGGAAUAUUCCCCCGUGGUUCAAUCUGGCUGCGAAUCUAGGGUUCCAUAACCACGCCAGUAAACAUAUGAAUUCAACUCUAACGCU